UAUAUUAAUUGAAAAAUAUUAUACGUGCAAUUUGAGUAAACAUAGUGAAAUAGCAUGUGUUACUUUUACAAAUUUUUGGACUUUAAAUACAAAUAUCUCGAAAACUAUAAGAUUGAGGCGGGUUUAUGUUUUAUUAUUUUUUUAAUUCUGAGGACCUCCUCUAUCCAUCGGUACCAUCAAAUGACGGCUCCAAAAGAAUCGUAAUAUUGCCACAAUUUUGACAAUGCAGCUAAAAAUAAAUAAAGCACGAUAGAAAAUUGCUAGUUUUUAGAAAUAUUCGAACACAAUUUAAAUGAUGAUGUAAUAGCUUUUAAACUCAAUGUUUAUUUAAUGUCCUAUUUAAUCAAUUGUCCCUAACAAUAGCCUCGAGAAGACUUUAGUUUUUGAAAAUAAAAGUAGUACUCAACAAUAACGAAAAUAUUGUAUAUCCUAUAUUCAAAUUAUUAAUUCUAUGUGACCAAUUUCGUUUGAAUGAUCGUUAGGAAUUUUCAACAAAACCGUUAUACAUGUUGAGUGGUUAUCAUAGAGGCGUAUACACGGCUACUUUUUCAAAAGCUUUAAACAGCAGAUGCAAUAUCAAACUCCAAUGCCGGGUACCAAUUUAUAAUAUUGUAAUUCAAAUUAUAGUUUACAAUAACAACUUUCCUUCUGUGCCAAGGAAUACAUGUAUGUACCAAUUUUGAUCAUAAUUUUUUUUUCAAGUUAUCGCUUGCGCGAACAGACAGAGGGGCAGAUAUUCACUCAAUAUUCAACUCGUCUUGUUAGUUAUAAUAUUUAACUCUAUAUCUAUUUUAAUUAGUUUUAGGUGAUACAAAGUACUAUACUAUUAUAUGUAGUUUGUAGCAACAUGGUGCGAGAGUAUACAAAUUUUGUAAAGGAGGAUUUACCAACGGAGGAUGCAAAUUGUUUACUUCGUCAAUAUCUGUUUAAUUUUGAUUUUUUCUCUCAGCAUUCUCUAGAUUAAGGGAUUAAGAGGUACGAAGUCAACUAAAAGACGAACAGCAGUAUAUCGGUUAAGAGUAAGUCGAAUAGUAUGUGUAACAGCUUAUAUUUCAAAUUUAAACUUUUAAAACGUGAAGUCAAUAUACAUUUACGAAUUUCCUCCUUUAUGUUUCUCUUCAACCUCAUUUAACAACAAAAACUAAUAAGGAAUGGUUUAGAUCAGUUGUGACCGAUUAUUUUAUACACUCGCAACUUGCAAAGAUUAAAAGUAUGAAAAUAUUUGCAGGUGUUGGCAAAUCGUUGCGUUUAAAAAAUGUUGCAUUGCAUUUCAUCGUUAUUCGACGAAUUUACUUCAAUUUUCUUUGUGUCUGAAAUAAUUUUAUAAAAAUCGACUAAUGACUAUAUUUUUCAUAUUAAUGUGUGGGACAUACAUAUGUUAAUAAAUAAUUUAUACGCAAACUGGUCCUUCAGUUUCAUACAUCUUUUUAGAUACUAUUCUGAAUUUUUCAUACAUACUUUCUUUUCCAAGAAUCUGUACAUUUGUCGAUUGAUAUUGGACCUUUAUAUAAUUUAGUACAAACUAACUGAUUAAAAUCAAGUCUUUUUAUGGAAUACUUUUUUACUUUUUUAUUUGAACGGAAUUCGGCACGAAUUAUUGUCUAAAAUAAAACUAUAAUUUUCGAAGAAAUUGUUUAGAUCGGAUCACUAUAGCACAAAGAUGCCAUUCAAACUAACCGAUUAAAAUCAAGAUAAAGAAAAUUUUAUAAACUAUACUAUACAAAAUUAACCUGUGAAGGGUAUUAUAGCUGCAUCAACCAAAGUUAAUGCUUUUUCCUGUUUUACUUUCGAAUACGAAAAAUUUUCGCAUAAUUCGGAAUUCAGCACGCAUUAUUGUCCAAGGUAUUAUAAAAUUAUAAUUUCCGAGCAAAUUGCUUGGAUCGGAUCACUAUAGCACAUAGAUGCCAUUCAAACUAACCAUUUAAAAUCAAUAUGACGACAAUUUUAUUACCAUCAAUGCUAUAAGAAAUUUACCUAUAAAGAGUAUUAUAGCUUAUUUGCGGUCAAAGAUAAAGUGUUUUCUUAUUUUACUUCCGAAUGUGAAAUAUUUUCGCAUAAUUUUAUUGAUGUAUGUUCUACACAGUUAUGCGAUAUUAAGUCAGCCGAAUGAGCCAUUUUGAUAAAUUAAGUAUAUGAUAGGAAAAUCAACAGAGAACAUCAUUCAAUGGAAUAAAGAAAUAAUUACAGGUUCACAUGUAGUACAUGACGACAGGAGUAAUUCAUGAGGCCAACUUUUCAAUAUUUUGUGACCCCAUGUUUACACGGUUAUUUUGAUGUAAAAGGUUAAGUUUCCUUGACAACCUUGUCUACUCUUGUAACAUGUUGCUACAGUUUUGUUUACAUAAAGGCUGUUGGAAUAAAGCUAAUUUAGGAGCGACGUUCUUAUAUUACAUUGCAAAAUGAUAUUCUAUCACAUCUUUAAAAAUCGAAAAAGUCGAAAGUGGACCAUUACUUUUUAAGCCCCAGAUAUCGAAUAUGUGGACUCAGUGCCUUAGCUAAGUUUUCAAACGUCCGGCUCACUCAACUGACAUUGAUGAUGGUAUGUGAAGAGUCAUACGAGAAUUUAAAAUUUUAUGCCAUAUGCAUCGGUCAAUUUGUACGAUAUCUUACCAAAAUUAAGUGAAUCCAGGUCUCAUGUAUUACAUGUAAUGAUGCAUUAUUCUAGCAGACUUCAUGGUGAAUAUAACAAUGUAUAUCUGAGUUAUUUUCAUAAACUUGUUAUCAAGUAACCCUUCCUAUCCCAUCUAUAGUUGUGUGAGUACAGCUGCUAAUCUACAACAUAAUACCAAAUAAAAAUUUUAUCAGAGAAUGUCGUCAAGCUACCGCAAGCAAUUUUGUAUAUUUUCGAAUACUAUAAACUUUUAAUGCGAGCAAACAGGUGGAGGUGUCGAAAUGUACAUUACUUGCGAAAUUUACGGUUUGCAUACGUUGACACCACAUGUACUUUAGAUUUAUUAAUUUAUGAUCGUUCCAAAUGAAUUAUUUAACAAAAAUUGGUGUUAAAAAAUCGUUGAUUAAAAAAAUUGUUGCCAAAUAUUUCUUAAGAAUUUAUUUUGUGCAUUUAUGCAUUAAUAUCAUUAAAAUAACAUUUAUAGUUAUAGUAAUUGUAUAUAAAUGCUGCAAACCGAUUUCUACAGUCCUCCAUAAGUGAUAAUCUUAUUUUGGCAUCCAGCGCAAACACAGCGACAAUUAUAAUCCACUAGCCUGCAGCAUCAGGGAUUUAAAUUUAACAUCUUUUGUUGGGUUUAUUUAAUAUUGUAUUACAUCUCAUUUGAGUUAGCUAUGUUAAAUAUAUGUACGUAAAUAUUUCGGACGCGAGGCAAGCUUAUAACAUACCAAUGCGUCGAAUAGCGAAUGUUGAAUUCUUGCUCAAAACAUUGAUCGCAACAUGUUGCUAUAGAGGAUAAUAAUUUUUUUUUAAACCUAAUCGAAAUAGGUAUAAGAUUAUAUACGUAAUCUGUAAAUGAUCAGGGUGACAAGAGGAGUUGAAUUCCGAGUGACUGUCUGCCCGUCUGAACGUGCAAGCAAUACAUAAAAGGUGUCCCUAAAUUAACCGAAGAUUUUGGCUUAAUAUGGAUACGCUCCAUACGAUACGAUGGAACAAAUGUCUUCAUUAUUGAGGCCGAAGUUCGAAAAAUGCAUAAAUAAAUGAAGAUAUUAAUUAAAAUGGCGACAAAUUUAAAAUUUAUUGCAAUUUUGGGGUACGCGUCCCAAAGAGAGCAUGUGGGUUUUCCCAUAAGGAUAAUAUGAUUUCAAAGUGUCGUUUCGGCCAUUUUUAAUAAGUCAUGAUUUGUAUUUUUUUGUUUCAAUUCAGUAAUAUUUACGUAAGAACAACGUUUACAAAUUAAUCAAUUUAAAUUAUUAAUUAAUUAUUUAAAACUUUCGGUUCUGGUGCGAAGAAAAUCAAAAAUUAUUCAUGAAUAACCAUCACAUUUACCUAAAUUGGCAGUUUGGUGUAGUUUUUUUGGCUGUUAUAACCAUCAGUCCGUUGAUCUUAGCAACAUCUGGUUCUAACAAGACCAGACUACGUGCCACACAGCAUGUGCAACUACUGAAUUAUUGCGAGAAAAGUUGAAAGAUUUAAUUAUUUCAAGUAAUUGUGACGUUGGGUGGUCUCAAGAAGUUGUGACUUAGCACCAUUAUACUACUUCUUUAGGGGUUAUUUGCAGUCAUUGGUCUCUUGAAGCUUUAGAAUUUAAUAUUGAACGUACUAUUCAUGAUAUAUGGCUUAAUUUAGUGGAAAAGUACUCGAAAAUCAUCAACGAAUUCUCUAUCGGUUGUUCUUUCUUCUUCUUUACUAGUGUAGAAACGGCUUACGGUUUUAGCCGAGUUAACAACAGCGCACCAGUCGUUUCUUCUUUUCGCUACGUGGCGCCAAUUGGAGAUUCCAAGCAAAGAGUUGAGGUCUUCCUCUUCCUCUGCUUCCCCCCGCACGUACUACGCCGAUUACUUGUUAAUGUCGUUGUAUAUAUCAUACAGCUCAUCAUUCCAUCGAAUGCAAUAUUCGCCGUGGCCAACACGCAAAGGACCAUAAAUCUUUCACAGAACUUUUCUCUCGAAAACUCGCAACGUCGACUCAUCAGAUAUUGUCAUCGUCCAUGCCUCUGCACCAUAUAGCAGGACGGGAAUAAUGAGUGACUUGUAGAGUUUUGUUUUUGUUCGUCGAGAGAGGACUUUACAUUAACUAAAAAGCAUUUGCAUUUCCUUAACUACUAGUGUCUUUUUUAAGGAAAUCGUAUCACUCUGUACCUUGGCAUACAUUGGAGGUUGAUAUUGCAUAUGUAUAAGUGGGCUAUUACUACGCCCACAAAAUUUCAGUAGUUGGAAACCAAUAAAGUGCCGUAAUGAACCUACAUACAACUUAAAUUAUAAAACUGUAAAUUUGUCCAGAGCAUCGGAUGAAGAAUGUCUGUGAUUGAAAAAUUACAAAAAGUAGGCUUGUCCCGGCCUCUAAUUGGUUGAAUGUAUAUAUCUCACACACCAUUUUAACCAAACAAGAAGGCAGAGACCUCAAAUUUACACCCGAAAUGGACUUAAUGCUGGCUAUCAUUAAAAAUUGGACGAUGGACUACGGGCAUGGCACUGAAGCGAAAUAAUAUUAAAAUUCAAACUGUUCGAAAACGGUCUGAAGUUGGAUAUCUCCAGCUAUUCCCAUAUGAAUAUUCGGAUGACUACAAAGGGCAAACGCCCAUUGCGUAGUUUGACUCCAAGUGAUAAAAUCAACGCCAUUCAACGAAUUCAUGAUGGAGAGUCCAAAGCAUCAGUGGCUCGUGAUAUUGGAGUCCCAGAAUCUACAUUACGUGGGUGGUGCAAAAACGAGGAUAAGCUGCGUUUUAUGUCACGACAAACUGAUAAAAUAACAGCUGAUUCAUUGGCCGAAAAACUGGGAACAUCAGCCGCUAUUCUCGUAGGACCUCCCGAAAAACGUCAAAAGUUGGACGGUAGUUCUGUACCCUUCAUUUAUUCUAAUAAAAUUAAAUACGAUGAUAUGAUGUAUAAACGGUCUCCGCUAAAUGGUAUUGACUAUGCGUCAAGCAAAACACUUUCAGAGAUUACUUUCAAUGGCUUGUCUACAGACUACGUUGCUUUCAGCAGUGCUGUAAAGAAUAAUAAAAGUUUUGGCACUGACGUAUCACGUCAAACAGAUCCAGCAAUUGCUGCUAUAAGUCCACUCACAAGCCUAUCUCAGCUUUCCGGGCUCUCUGGCCUUGCACAAUCACCUCUAGCAAUUAGUUUCAAUGAACUUACAUCAAAUCUAAAUAUUUUAGCACAGUUAAAUCCUGGACUGGCAGCAAUGUCUUGUCUAAAUGAAUUAGGGGCUACAACAAACCCAUUACGUAACGUAAAAACAAAACCUCAACUACAAUUGGAAAGUCCUCAGAGUGACUGUGGAGAUCGACAACAAGGGUUGUCUGUUAAAAAUUGGGCGAAACAAAAAUCCCCAUCAUCGACUUCUGAAGAAUCUUGUUAUGGACUUAACCUACGUUUAAAUGAAGAUAAUAAUAAUAAAAACAAAAUUAAAUGCCCUAGCCCAUCUCUCGCACCAUCGCUUUCUAUUUUAUCAGAUGAUCCCUUAAUUUAUUGGUUGAAGUCUCAGCAAGCAAUGUUGGGACUGAAUAAUAUAUAUCCAUCGCCACUAGCACCGCCAAUGGGGGCAUCGAGUCCACCUUUGCGCUCUUCAACACCACAUCAAUCAGCGAAACUUCAUGUUACUACCCCAUUAAAUGUUUCUGCAUCAAUUACCCCAUCGACUGCACCUUCUUUGGAUGGUAAAAACUCCGCAUGGCUUAAUUGGUGCAAAGCUUUGGGCGCUAGUCUUAAUUCGUUAGCACCAACUACAGCAGCCGCUGUUCUUCAUGGCCCACCAAUAAAACAACAACAUCAACCGUCUUCCAUUGCGACCAUUUCAACAGAUAUUGAAACUACUGCAUUGACAUCAAAUAUAUCCACUCAAAAUUCUCAAUUGGAAAAUAUUCUGUUUACUCAACUAACAAAAAGUAUUGACAGCUGUUCAACGGAAAGUUCAACAAUACUGAACAAUACCCAUUCUACCCAUAUGGAAAAUGUAGAUUCUUCAAACAAGCCCGAAGAUCUAUCAGCUCGCACGGUAAAAAACAAUUUAACAGCUACUUCACCAUCACCGACAGUACCAGCCCAGAACUCAACACCAAGCCCUAACACAGGAGAAAGUUUAGUUCCUACUCCAAUACAUAGCCCAAAUGAGCAAUUAAUAGCAGAAGUUCCCAAUUCUCCCCUUUAUAAUGAAGAAGCAGAAGACUGCGGUACAAAUAUGUCAGAUUGCAAGGACGUUCUGGAUAAUUUAUUGUACAAAAUCAAUAACAAUCCGUCUGUAAUUUCAUUAAGUAAAGCUACUACCCCGACAAGUGUCGAAGGAGCAGAUGAUGAUGGAUGUGCAAGUGAAUCUAAUAUUAGCUAUGGAAGUGACAAUAAUCAAAAUAGUAGCGAUGAAAAUGUCAAUAACAACAAUCAUUCCAAUAAAACAGAUGAAGAAGAACGCUUUAAAUUAUCGGCGUUAAAAAAAGAAGAUGAAGAUUAUGAAGCCAUAAACCAUGGUGAACAAUUUCUUAAAUGGUUAGAAAACUGUAGCAAUCCUCGCAUAACGGCGUCACAUUUAAUGCAAUUGAGAUUCCUUAUAUCAGCGCUAAAAUCUAAUUGCGAUCCUAAUGAUGAAAGUAGCCUGCAUAAUUUAAAAAGUAGUAGUACGGAAAAAGCUCCUGAAAAUAUUGUUGAUACAUUGGAAGAUAACAGUCUUAUAAAUAAAGGGCGUCGUCGAAAAUAGGAAAAACCAAAAUCGACAACAAUAGAGACAAAAUCCUGUAAUCCAAAAAAGAGUAUAUUAUAUUAUGAAAAUCUUCGGAGUUCUUCAAUUGAUAUAGUAACCUUGAAUAGGCAUUCAAUUUUAUCGAUAUAUAGUGUUAAUACUGAAAUCACUGGAUAAAGUCAAAGGAAGGAAAGCAAAAAAUAUAGCUUAAUUUGUAAUAUCGAUAGCGAAUCUGUUGAUUGAGAUAUCUACGUACUACUAACAAUAUACUUACGUUUAUUUAUGAAUAUAUAUUAAAAUUAUUUACAUACAUGCACAACGAUAUUUUUACUGACUAAAUUGGAAUUGCAUUUAAUUUGCUCCUUUGUCAAAAUAAGAGUACUAACAAAUGUAACGGAAGAGAUAGUGCGUAAGGUCUGAAAUUUAUUCUGAUAUUGAACUUGACUUUUAAAGAAGUAAUGAAAUGUUUGAAGAUAAUUUAAGUCGAGCUUUUUCCGUCUUCUAUAUAUUACUUUUAAUACCAAAAAGUAGUACACCUUUUAUUGGUUCUAAACCAUUUGUAGUUUUAUAUACAUACAUACAUACAAUGGACCAAUAAAGUUUACAUACACCUAGUUCUCUUAAAUUACGACACGUUUAUUUGUUUCAAAAUGAAUAAAUUUUGUGGUUUUUUUCUAUCCAUUUCAAGAUAUGUAUAUUAAACAUUAAACAUUGCAUAUGAAAAUAUUUUUUUUUUACACAAAUAUAGGGUGAUUUUUUAAGAGCUUGAUAACUUUUAAAAAAAAAAAACGCAUAAAAUUUGCAAAAUCUCAUCGGUUCUUUAUUUGAAACGUUAGAUUGGUUCAUGACAUUUACUUUUUGAAGAUAAUUUCAUUUAAAUGUUGACCGCGGCUGCGUCUUAGGUGGUCCAUUCGGAAAGUCCAAUUUUGGGCAACUUUUUCGAGCAUUUCGGCCGGAAUAGCCCGAAUUUCUUCGGAAAUGUUGUCUUCCAAAGCUGGAAUAGUUGCUGGCUUAUUUUUGUAGACUUUAGACUUGACGUAGCCCCACAAAAAAUAGUCUAAAGGCGUUAAAUCGCAUGAUCUUGGUGGCCAACUUACGGGUCCAUUUCUUGAGAUGAAUUGUUGUCCGAAGUUUUCCCUCAAAAUGGCCAUAGAAU